AUGAAAGAAAAAUUAAUAACAGUAUGGAGACAAAACAUUAUGUUGAAGCGUCCAGUCAAGUUUAUUUUGCAUUUGAAGGAAAAUAGAUACAUUCGAACCCGUAGGCAAUCAAAUGUGAUUCUAAGCAACGAUAAUGCAAGUGUGGAAAAUAAUGGAAGUGUGGAGAGUAAUAGAAAUGGUGAACAAAAUAUAUACAAAGAAAUGACCAAAAGGCUAUAUAAAAAAUAUAACUAUUAUGAAAUUGGAAGCAACCCAAAUAACAUUAACAAAAAUUGUAAACAAAAUUAUUCUUAUAUAAACGAAUUAAAUAUCCAUAAAAUGUUAUUAUUAGGAUUAAAAAAAUUAAAUAUUGCAAAACUUAAUGAUAUGCAAAUUAACACUUUUCUAACUAUUCAACAAGGGAAAGAUGUCCUUUUAAAUUAUCCUGAUGGGUCAGGAAAAACGUUAGCUUAUAUUUUGCCAAUUUUAAAUAAUAUUUAUUUUAUUCAUGAUUAUUUAGAAAAAAUAAUUUUAGACUAUCACGAAAAUAGUUCAAUUUCACAAAAUUAUAAAUCAAAUAAUAAAUUUAACAUAUAUGAAAAAAUGGGAAAAUAUUUGCUUAAUUAUUCUUAUUAUAAAAAUAAUGCCAUUUUAGAAGACAACACUAUUCAAGUACAUAAAAAAAUGAAUAAAAAAGAAAAUUAUAAUUUUAAUUUAGUUCCAAAAAAUUUUGAAAAUAAUCUACUAAAUCAAAAUGAUGAUAAUAGUUGUAAAUUUUCCAAAAAAUAUGGUAGACAUUCCAAAAAAAAUAAUUCCCAAAAAAACGAACCUAUUUUGAAUCAAAUAAAUUGUCAAAAUGUAGAUUUAAAUAAUAUUAGUAUUAUGAACAAAUUAAUUGAAAUCAUAAAAAUAAAUAAUAUCAAUUUAAGCAAUUUGAAUAGUCUUGAAAAAAAUAAAAGUGAGUUACAAAUAUUGAAUAGUAUCUUAAAAAGUGGAAAAUUAGAAAAAAAAAAUAACGUAAUUUCGCCAAACAAUGUAAAUUCGCCAAACGAUGUAAAUAUAUAUGAACAAACUUAUAGAUAUCUAAUUCAAAACCCAUUGCAAAUGAACAAAACUGUAAUCAUAAUUACAAUAAAUAAAGACAACAUUACUCAAAUUAUUAGUUUUAUAAAAAAAAUUGACAUAUUAAAUAGAAUAAAUAUUCAAACAUUAAAUGAUAUUCCAUUUGUAGACAUAGAAAAAAAUAUCGAAAAGGAAAAAAUAAAUGAUAAUACAUUAGAACCCAAAAAUAACGACAAUACAUUAGAACCCAAAAAUAACGAUAAUACAUUAGAACCCAAAAAUAACGACAAUACAUUAGAACCCAAAAAUAACGAUAAUAAUUAUAACCAAUUUAAUGUUGGUAAUUUACAAGUUGAAAAUAUAAAUUAUCUUAAUAAUCCAGUUUUAUGUAAUAAAGAAAUAAUGUGGUUAGUUUCAGAUAUUUUAAUAACAACCCCAGAUAUAUUUCUUAAUUCAUAUAAAAAUAAUGGAUUCAAAAAAAAUUCAAAAGAAACUAUAAUUCCAUCUAUUAUAAUUUUUGAUGAAGUAGAUAUGCUUUUCCAAAAUAAUGCUUAUAGAAAUACAAUAAUGAAUAUUUUUCAAAUUAUAAAAAAAAGACCAGAAAUAUAUAACCCACAUAUAAAUAUAAGUGAACAAAAUAUUGAAAAUAUAAAUAAAGAAAUAGACAAAAUUUUAUUAAAUAAUUCUAAAGACAAAAAAAAUGAAUUAAAAAUUGAUACAAAUAUUAGCCAAAAUAAUACUUUAAAAAAUAAUGAACAAUCUUUUAUUCAACUUAUUUUUAUAUCAUCUACUUUACCAUCUGUUGGGCAUACUACAGUUGGAAGUAUGCUGAAUGAAAGAUUUAGUAAUCUGGUUGAUAUAGUAAGUUGUUUAAAUUAUAAAAUUCCUAAAAAUAUACAAACACAAUGGAUAGAAUUAAAUAAAGAAAAAAUAAUUAAUUUAUAUUUAUUCAAUACACAAGAUAAAAAUAAUAAAAUCGAACAAAACUUACAAGAUUUAUCUUUAUCAAAUAAAAUAAACCAACUAGAAAAUUAUUCAUUUGAACAUAGACUCGAUAUUUUAAUUUAUAUUUUAAAAAAAUAUCAUGAGCUAACAAUGGAACAUAUCAAAAAUGGACAAAAAGUAAAAGAAAAAAAUUUAAACAAAUUUGAGUUAAUAUAUAAAUUCCCAAUUUAUAAAACAAUUAUAUUUGUAAAUAACAUAAAAGAUUGUUUUAAAAUAUAUAAUUUUUUAAAAAAACAUAAUUGGCCUGUAUAUAUUUUUCACAAAAAUUUAUCUAUAAAUUCUAGAAUACAAAGCUUACAUAAUUUUUCAAAUGCAACCAUUGGAAUAUUAAUAACUACUGAUUUGUUAAGUAGAGGAAUUGACACAAAAAAUGUUGAUCAUAUAAUUAAUUUUCAUUUUCCAAGUGAUGUUAUUACAUAUAUCCAUAGGCUUAGCAAAAUAAAUCGUUUAAACUCUGACAUAAAAAAUUUAAAAUUAAAAAAAAAUAACAUUACAUCAUCUCAAGACAGAUUAUUUUUAGUGACUAAUUUGAUUUCAUCCACAAAUAUACAAUUAGCUAAUUCAAUAAAAAAUUUUGAUAAUAAUAAUAUAAGUUUGUUAUCAUUAUUUUCUAGAAAAAAAUCUUUUAAAAUGAAAAAUAAAAGAAAAGAUUCUGAAACAGAUGCAAACAAAAAAUACAUAGAUGUUGAUUCAAUUCAAAAUAUUGAAUUAGACAUUAAUGAUACGAAAUUUAAUCAAAUGCUUCAAAUUAUUCCUAAUGAAAAGGAUAAAAAAAGUAAAACCUCAACUAUCUUUCCAUCAACAAACCAACAAAAUAAUAUUUCAAAAUGUGAAAAAAACGAUUAUUGUCAUAAAAUUGAAACAUAUUCAAAUUCGUCUACUACAGAUACUACAACAUCAUCAUAUUCUAUUGAUUCGAAAAAUCAACAGAUUCAAGCUCCUUUUACAAUGUUCUCUCUAAAUCAAGAUGAAUACAAAAGUGAUGACGAAAGUGAUGAGGAAUGUUUCGAAAAAAAUGAUGCUAACUCAAAAUAUAAUAUCUAUCAGAAUAUAAUAUCUGAUGUCAAACGGCCAUAUAAAGAAAGCCAUAAUUUUAGUAACAAAUAUUCUGAGAGAAAAAAUAAUAAAUUUCCUUCAUGGGACAAUGUUCAAUUUGAUCAUCAAAAAUAUGUGAUUGAACGAUUUAAAAAUAAAGAAUGUCAUUUGAUGGGCCAGGUAAAAAGAGGAAAACUUAUUUUGAACAAUUUCGAAAGUAACAAUAAUGACGAUGAGUUGUUGUUUUAA